AUGACUCUCCCAGGGGCCCUAGGACAAGUCCGUUCCCUUUUCCCACACGCCGAGCCAGACUGGUGGAAAGAAGCGUAUAACCACAUUUACCUCUGGACGGACGGAGACUGCGUCGAGAGUCCCGUCGUCACCGACGCAGAGUGCAAUGCUUUGCUCCAAGUUCCUCGGGUGCAAGCUCUUCUUAACUCUAGCCCGUCGAUGCAAGUGUUAGACCUAUGCUGCGGACAAGGCCGACAUACAAUCAAUCUCGCGGGGCAGUUUCCGUCUGUUGGGAUUCUCGGCGUCGAUCAGAGUAAGUAUCUCCUAGACAUGGCGCGGAAGCGAGUCGAAACUCGAAUGGUGGAAGAAGGAAAAGCCCGCAACAUCACAUUCGAAGGAGCGACGCAUCUUCGUGCCUUGUGUGUCUGUGUAAAUGUGUGGAUUGCUCCUUCCCUGCCAUGCUUGCUCUGCAAGAGGCAGGUGCGAUGGGUUGCUCCUUCCUCAUCUUACAGGUUCUGCGCUUGGACCUCGUCGUUUCUCACAUACUGCGCCGUCCCGUGUCAAUUGAUAGGAUUGAUAGAGACCAAUCCUCGUCGCUUUGAGGGUCAAACCAAAAGGCCCAUCUGUGUUGCCUUCUCACGCUUGCCGGACUUGAUGCUAGACUCGAACUCGAUUUGCCCCUGGAGCAUAAAAGACACUAUUGACUUGGACACGCAUGAUGGUGGGAGAAGCUCAUACGAGCUCGAAGCAACCAUUGGGCUCUGGACAUGGUUAUAUUACUCUUUCAGUCGCUUACCAUGCGAGCGCAUUCUCAGCUCAUCCCCACAAACCGCCAAGCUCAAAGCUUGGGGCAUAAAAUCCUUUUGUGAGCGUGGAAGUUCUGGAUUGGAUCACUUCGACCUUCCGCUGUUCAGUUCCCACAAUAUUUUACCUGGAGAUUCCGUCGCAGAAGAAACAGUCACACUCUCUCUAAACGAGUCUUCCUAUUCGCGUCGCGCAAGAGAUCUUCUCUAUUGUUUUUGCUUCGCUUCUCCACAUUGUCCGCGACGUGGGCGGCACGACAACUCGGCUCGGAGAUGGAUUGGCCAACAGCGUCAUUACCCAGAUCCAAAAUGCCUUUACUGA